CCAAACCAAAACCUUGCGUCUUUUCUGCCCCGGAAGGUAGAACCCAAGAUAGAGCAGAAGAAGGGUCCGAAGACAGCUUGAAUGGAUCCAAUAUCUGAAGAUCAUAUAGACUUUGGAGAUGAGGAAUAUGGGGGGUCUCAGAAGACACAGUAUCCAGGAAGUGGAGCCAUACCUGCACUUGCAGAUGAAGAGCCGCUGGGGGAUGAUGAUGAAUAUGAUGAGCUCUAUAAUGAUGUUAAUGUUGGAGAGAGUUUCCUGCAGAUGCACCGUUCUGAGGCUCCAACUCAACCUAGUGGUAUGGCCAGUAGUGGUGUUGCAGCUCGGAAGAAUGAUGGUCCUGAGCCAAGUUUUGAUGCUGGGGGUUCAAGAGGUCAAAAUAUGCCAGGGGCUCCAGUCCAUGGUAAAUACUCUGCUGCUGGGGCCUCUUUCCCAGAGCAAAAUGAGGGGCAACAGGCUAUUAACAGAUCAGAAAUGGGAUCUGUCAGUUAUCAAUCUGGAUCAUCUAUUCAACAAAAGGGGGGUGUCAUAGAGAUGACACGUGAUCCCCAAGUCAAAACCAUAGGUUUUCAAGGAUUGGCCUCAGCACCUUCCAAGAUUGGGGUCAAUCCUUCUGAUGUGCCUCAAAAAAUUGCUAAUGAUGCUGCUCAGUCAUUCAAUUCUGGUGCUGUUGGCCCUCAAGGUGUCCCUCAGAUUCCAGCAAACCAAAUGGGUAUGAAUUCCAAUCAUUCUGUGCUGAAUGAAAAUCAGAUUCGGCCACCAGUAGAGAAUGGUUCAACCAUGCUGUUUGUGGGAGAAUUACAUUGGUGGACUACUGAUGCAGAGCUUGAGAGCGCUUGUUCUCAAUAUGGAAGAGUGAAAGAAGUUAAGUUCUUUGAUGAGAGAGCCAGUGGUAAAUCGAAAGGUUAUUGUCAAGUUGAGUUCUAUGAUCCAGCUGCCGCAGCUGCAUGUAAAGAGGGAAUGAAUGGGAAUCUUUUCAAUGGGCGGGCUUGUGUUGUGGCAUUUGCUUCUCAACAAACUCUGAAGCAAAUGGGAGCUUCUUACAUGAGUCGAACUGAGGGCCAAUCUCAAACCCAGUCUCAGGGAAGGAGGAUGAAUGAUGGCUUGGGGAGAGGUGGUAAUAUGAAUAAUCAAGGUGGAGAAGCAGGAAGGAAUUAUGGAAGGGGUGCUUGGGGACGGGGUGGGCAAGGGGGAAUUCUUAACAGACCUGGGCCUGGAGGACCAAUGAGGGGAAGGGGAGCUGCUGGUGCAAAGAACAUGGGUGGAGUUGGAAAUGGGGCCGGUGGUAUGGGAGGCUAUGGACAAGGGCCAGCAGGUCCUGGAUUUGGGGGUCCUCCCGGUGGCAUGAUGCACCCACAGGGCAUGAUGGGAGCUGGAUUUGACCCAACUUAUAUGGGUCGGGGAGGUGGGUAUGGAGGUUUUCCAGGUCCUGGUUUUCCUGGCAUGCUUCCACCAUUUCCAGCCGUUAAUACAAUGGGACUUGCUGGAGUAGCUCCUCAUGUCAAUCCUGCUUUCUUUGGCCGUGGUGUGGCACCUAAUGGGAUGGGAAUGAUGGGCUCCUCUGGAAUGGAUGGUCCUCAUGCGGGAAUGUGGGGCGAUACUAGUAUGGGUGGGUGGGGAGGAGAGGAACAUGAUCACCGGACUAGGGAAUCUAGUUAUGGUGGGGAAGAUGGUGGUUCUGAAUAUGGUUAUGGAGAGGCAAACCAUGAGAAAGGAAGGUCAAGUACUGCCUCACGUGAGAAAGAUCGGGCUUCUGAGCGUGAGUGGUCUGAGAACACUGACAGGAGGCAUCGUAAUGAGAGGGAUCGAGACUGGGACAGGUCUGAGAGGGAGCACAGAGAGCAUAGGUACAGAGAAGAGAAGGAUGGCUACCGAGAGCAUCGUCAAAGAGACCGUGACUUGGAUUAUGAGGAUGACUGGGACAGGGGACAAUCUUCUUCAAGAUCUCGAGGCAGAUCCCAUGCAGUGCCAGAGGAAAAAAACAGGUCUCGAUCAAGGGAUGCUGAUUAUGGAAAAAGGAGACGACCAUCAGAUUGAUAGAAUGAUGCUGUUCAUCCUAUUUAUCAGGUCUUAUGAGAUCUCACUUUUAUCUUCUCUCAUGGUUUUCUCCCUCAGGUGCUAUAUUCAUCUAUUAGCAUUCUCUAUGACUUCCGUUGGUCUAGAAGAGAAGUAUGGCUCCCUGAGGGAAGAAGUAAGUUCCACUUCCGUUGCUAGGGGGAAGACUGGACUUCCCUUUCCUAUGAUAUUGCAUUCUACAGAACAAACUUUAGAUAUUUGUGUUAGAUAAUUGGUUUGAGGCAGUGUUUCCUUAUGAGACUUUUAGAAAUACCUAUUUUGUGUUUGUUUGUGUUAGAUGUUUGUUAUUUAUAUGAUUUUGAUGUUGGUAGAUUAGCAGCCUUCAUAGCUUCUGGAUGAUUUGGCCCUACAUUAAUUUGGUUUUGAGAGGGAAAUGGAUUGGGGAGGUGGAAGAUGUGAGAUGGUGGGGCACCUUAUUAUGCUUCCAUGACUAAUUUAGACAUUCCUAGAAUAUCAUUUAGGUGUAAAAUAUAGUCUAAUUGUUUUUUUACUGUUUUUUCCUAUUUCUUUUUGGAGCUUGAAUUUAAGUUAUAUUGCUUUACAGUAACUUGUCUCUAACUGUUUCUUUUCCUCCUGUACUGUACUUUUGUUUGUGCUAAUUAUUCUUGUAGCCGAAAUUUACAUCCUA